AUGCCACAGUUAAAAUCACCCAAACCUUAUCAUCAUCGUCAUAACACGUCCAAGGUUAUUGUUACGUUACAAGAUGGAGUUCAAAUCGAAAUUCCUGUACCAACAUCACAAGAAAUUCGCGAUCGAUUUUUUUACAAAAAAGCAAAAUGUUCCGAUUUACCUGCAAGACCACCAAACAAAUUUUUUAUCUUUAGAACAAUGUUUCAAACCGCUAUCGACAAUUACAAACUGCAAGUACCUGUCGUCUCGGGCCUCGCCAGUGAAGUUUGGGCUAAAUCCACCUCCGAAGUUAAAAGUGUUUUUACUAUGCUUGCUAGUAUUGCGAAAAGUGAACAUAGCGAAAUCAAUCCAGGUUAUGUUUAUAAACCACGUAGAAAGAAAUCUUGUGUUGCCACUACCAUUGCUACCGAUUGCGUAACUGUUGAUGACAAUAACAAUAUCAUAGUUGUUGAUAAUAACAAUAAUAUCGUUGACAAUAAUGGAAUUACAACUUUCGAUUUAAUUUCUUCUUCUUUGGAAUCUGAACGAAUUAGUGGUACUACUACACCGAUUUUAUCCUCUCCUAAUACUCCCAAUUUACCACAUUUGUCAAAUCAUUAUAAUCUGUAUUAUUGUCCAUCUACUUCUGAUGUCGCUACUCCUUCACCUUUACCAUCUUCUUUGGAAUUUCAUCAUCAAAACAAUAAUUCUCAAAAUAAUCAUCCUUGUCAUCAUUAUCAACUACAACUACAACAACCACCACCUUCUUCUUAUUCUUUGAAUAAUAACUAUUAUUAUUCUACACCAUCAUCGCCACCACCACCACAACAAGAACAAUCUUCAUCAUCUUCAAUAAUAGAUCAAUUCAAUUAUCUCGAUGAUUUACAAUAUGCAGCAGAUUCAAUCGAUUUCGAAACUCCACAAUUUGUCACUACCGCCGCUGCCGAUUUGUUAUAUCCACAUUAUUAUUAUCACCAUCAAUACGACUACACCUCUACACCUCCCUCACCUCCUUCCAUUACUAAUAACACUGAUACUGCUACUACUGAUUUUAUUAAUUAUUCAAUCAACAACAAUUCACCAACUCUUGAUUAUCCCGCUGAUUAUCCAAUUUUCGAUCAAAAAAUUGAUAAUGUUGUUUAUAAUUUACUCGAAUAUGAUCUCUAUCAAUCCUAUCAAUCCCUUGAUUUUGACGAAAUGUAUAAUCCUAAUAUGUUUAAUUAUAAUCCUAAUGAGAUUAAUUAUAACGAUAAUGUUAGUAGUAGUAAUAAUUUGUUAUUAAAGAAAAAUAUUCAACCUCGAUAUAAUGAUGAUGAUAAUAUCAAUACUUCAAUAUCUAAAAUUAUUAUUAAAAAAGAACAAGACAAUAAUUUAAAAAGAAACAAUCAUGAUUUAUCUUUGAAAACAGAUUUUUAA